AUGCCUUUUGACUUCAAGGCCUACGACCAGAAAUGCCAGGGCUUGACGCUCGAGGAGCUACAGCGAGAAUGGGAGCACUACACUCGCCUAAUCUCAGGCGCUGCCACGUCGACUGCGGUGUCGGGAUGCGCUAUACCCCUCACACUCGGUGUCUCAACCAUUGGAGUCGCGAUGGCAGCACCGGCAAUUCACAACGCGCGAAAGAAACGAGAGAUCAUCGAACGGCAUCUUAAUCGACUGAAUGCGACGCAUAAAACACGAAAGCGCGAUGUCCUUGGAAGUAUGGCUGUGAGCGGAACGAUCGGCGUUGUGACCCUCGGUGUCGGAAGCAUGGGCGCCGAUGCUGUUGCGACUGCUGGUGCAGAGCACGGCAUCCAGUCGAUCGUGGCGAAUGAGACUGCUAUCAAGCUUGUGUCGCAUGCUGCGCUUGAUGGCGCGGGGAUGAUGGUUGAGCAUAAGCAUACAGAUCAUCUGAAGAAGAAGGAUGCGCGAAAGGCGUUUCAGAAAGCAGGUGUUUUUCAAGCUGUUCAGGAUGCUAAGGCUGCUGAGGCUGGUUAUACGAUUCAGCCGCAUCAGAACAAUGGGCAAUUUUAUGCUACUGGGAGUUCGUCGCAAGCAGUUCCGCCGCCGCCGCCGUACAAUGCUGUUGUUAGUCAGACGCCUGGAUUGCCAGCUUACAAUACUACCCCAAAUGGGUAUCCUCAAGACUUCAAGGCGCCACUCGCCCAUCAGCAAGCUCAACAGAACCAGACUUAUCUGACGCCCCAUGUCACUGGACAGCAGCCAAUGCAACAGUAUGAUUACUCACAGCAACAAGUCCCGACAUACGGUGCACCAUCACCUAUGCCUUCAGUGAACGCGCAGAUGUUCUCGCCGCCGCUUACACCAGCUGUUCAAUACCCUCCUCAAACCACACAAGCACCCAACAUGCAGCAGUCUCAGCCGCAGCCUCUCUACCAACAACAGACGGGAGUUCCGCCCUAUAACCCUGCUAUGACACCGCAGCCUUUCAACAUGACUGCAAUGCAUCAGGCUCUUCCUCCUGCUACCCCUGCACCGCCAACUCCGUAUCAACAGCCACAGGUUCAACAGGUUCCAAAUAUGGUGUUGCCUACACCUCCACAGGACAGCACUCAGGGCUAUACGCCUCAACAAGUGCUGCCGCAGCCAACUGGACAGAUUGCUGGUGCACCUCAAGCGGGAUACUUUCCAACUAUCCCAGCAACACCAGCUGGAUAUCCGCCUGCUGUCACGAUUUCGCACCAGCCAACGCCGCAGCCUGCUGCUCCAGGAAAUGUCUAUCACACUCCAGUGCAGCAUGUUGUUCAGCAUGAAACUGGGUAUCAGCCUUCACCUACACCGGCCGCUCAGCCGCAUUAUCAGCAGCAGCCCAGCUAUGCAACACCACAGCAUACUGGCACUUGCCAGCAAUCACCAGUGCCCGCACCCGCUGACCGAAGAAGCUCUUUCGUUGCCCUGCACCAACCAACUUACGCUCCCCAUGCGCCAUACAAUCCUCAAGAUUGGGCUCCUAAACCUCAGCCGCCUGACAUGACCAGUCCACCUGUACCGGCUGCACCUACCAUGCAGUAUCAGAUGCCACCGACUCCGCUCCCAACUGGCUCAGCAGUGAAUCAGUACCAAUACGAUAACAAAGGGUCAUACUUUCCAGCCCAGCCACAGACACCUCAAAUGACGGGACAAGUCUCUCAGCAAUAUCCCCCGGGAAAUUAUCCCGGAGCCCCAAUGCAGAAUUCUGUACAGGUGACGCAGUAG